AUGAUGGCAGCGACUACAUCCACCCCCGAAACCGCAAACAAUCCUCCUCCCUCGCACCCAAGAAUAAACCUCCGAAACCCAACACCGCUUUCGGCAUCGCAGGAAGCUGAGGUUAAAGACAUAUACUACAAACGCGUACGAGGAUACUGCGCAGCAGAAAUCAAAGAAUUCGCCGCCUGCGCCCUUAAUCGCACAAUAACCGCGACGUGGGUAUGUCGGAAGCAGCGAUUGGCGAUGAAUGCUUGUAUGGUUGAGCAUGCCAAACCCGAGGAAGAAGAUCGGGCGCGGGAAGAAUGGUUUGCCGGGCGGGAAGAACGGAGAAGGGCACGCGAGAGGGAGGAGCAGGGGGUAGAGGAUCGGAGGAAAGAGGUGAUCGCGCUGAUGAAAAGGGAUGAAGAACAGCGCAGGGCAAAGGAAGCAGAGGGAAAAGCUGCUGGUGGGAAUUGGCUUGGAUUGGGGACGAGAUGA